GCUCGAAGCAAAACCCCACGCACCGCGCAGGCACAAAAACCCUUGCCGCUUCUUCACCAUCUCGGAGGAGGAGCACCGCUUUGUCCGAGGUCGGCGGCGGGGGGGGGAGGAAAUGGCGCAGUCCCUGGAGCUGCUGCUAAUCCAAUUCCUGAUGCCGGACAACGACGCCCGGCGGCAGGCGGAGGAGCAGAUAAAGCGGCUGGCCAAGGAUCCGCAGGUGGUCCCCGCCCUCGUCCAGCACCUCCGCACCGCCAAGACCCCCAACGUCCGCCAGCUCGCCGCCGUCCUCCUCCGCAAGAAGAUCACCGGCCACUGGUCCAAGCUCUCCCCUCAGCUCAAGCACCUCGUCAAGCAGUCCCUCAUCGAGAGCAUCACCAUGGAGCACAGCCCACUAGUGAGGCGAGCUAGUGCCAAUGUGGUAAGCGUGGUCGCAAAAUAUGCAGUUCCAGCAGGGGAAUGGCCAGAUUUGUUGCCUUUCUUGUUCCAGUGCAGUCAAAGUACACAAGAAGAACAUAGAGAAGUCGCCUUGAUCCUUUUCAGCUCUUUGACUGAAACCAUUGGGAGCACAUUUCGACCGCAUUUCACUGAUCUUCAGACUCUUUUACUCAAGUGCCUCCAAGAUGAGACUAGCAACCGUGUCAGAGUUGCUGCCCUUAAGGCAGUUGGGUCUUUUCUGGAGUGCAUUGGUGAUGGGGAUGAAGUGGUAAAGUUUCGAGAAUUUAUUCCUAGCAUUUUGAAUGUAUCCAGACAAUGCCUUGCUGUUGGUGAGGAGGAUGUUGCUGUUAUUGCCUUUGAAAUAUUUGAUGAGUUGAUUGAAUCUCCUGCCCCUCUUCUUGGAGAUUCUGUGAAAUCCAUUGUUCAAUUCUCUCUUGAAGUUUGCUCAAAUCAAAAUCUGGAACCCAGUACCCGACAUCAGGCCAUUCAGAUAAUUUCUUGGCUUGCUAAGUACAAAUCUAACUCCCUUAAGAAACAUAAACUGGUCAACCCGAUAUUGCAAGUGAUGUGUCCCCUACUUGCCCAAUCUACAAGUGGAGACGAAGAUGAUGAUCUGGCACCUGAUAGAGCUGCUGCAGAAGUUAUUGACACUAUUGCUGUCAACCUUCCAAAGCAUGUUUUGCCCCCCGUGUUUGAAUUUGCUUCUGUAAGCAGCCAAAAUAGCAAUCCAAAGUAUCGGGAAGCUUCUGUCACAGCUUUAGGUGUCAUUUCAGAGGGCUGUACGCAUUUGAUGAAAGAUAAGUUGGAGCCUGUUCUCCACAUUGUCUUGGUGGCUCUGCGGGAUCAAGAACAAAUGGUUAGAGGGGCUGCAUCCUUUGCAUUAGGGCAGUUUGCCGAGCAUUUGCAACCUGAGAUCACCACUCAUUACGGAAGUGUUCUUCCUUGUAUCUUAAAUGCCCUUGAGGAUGCAUCUGAUGAAGUAAAGGAAAAAUCAUACUAUGCCUUAGCAGCAUUUUGUGAGGAUAUGGGAGAGGAAAUUCUUCCUUUUCUUGAUCCUUUGAUGAAUAAACUUCUGGCAUCCCUUCAAAGUAGUUCCCGUAAUUUGCAGGAGACUUGCAUGUCUGCAAUUGGCUCUGUUGCAGCUGCUGCAGAGCAAGCCUUUAUGCCUUAUGCUGAAAGAGUUCUGGAGUUGAUGAAAACAUUCAUGGUGCUUACCAGUGAUGAAGAUCUUCGUUCCCGGGCCAGGGCCACUGAACUUGUUGGAAUAGUCGCCAUGUCUGUGGGCAGAACAAGGAUGGAACCAAUUCUUUCUCCUUAUAUAGAAGCGGCAAUUUCUGGUUUUGGACUGGAAUUCAGCGAACUCCGGGAGUAUACCCAUGGAUUUUUCAGCAAUGUGGCUGAAAUUUUGGAUGAUGGUUUCAUUAAGUAUCUUCCGCAUGUUGUGCCCCUAGCUUUUGCUUCCUGCAAUCUUGAUGAUGGUUCAGCCGUCGAUAUUGAAGAUUCUGAUGAUGAUAAUAUGGGUGGAAUUGGCGAAGUAUCGUCUGAUGAUGAAGCUCAUGAUGAGCCUAGAGUGAGAAACAUCAGUAUAAGAACAGGAGUAUUGGAUGAAAAGGCAGCUGCAACUCAAGCUCUGGGUUUGUUUGCCCUACAUACAAAGGGUUCCUAUUCUCCAUACUUGGAGGAAUCUUUAAGAAUAAUGGUGAAGCAUUCAGGGUAUUUUCAUGAAGAUGUUCGACUGCAGGCAGUUAUUGCUAUGAAACAUAUUUUGACAGCGGCCCAGGCAAUCUUCCAAAGUCACAAUGAAGGGUCGAACGAAUUAAGGGAAAUUCUUGAUACUGUGAUGAAUAUCUAUAUCAAGACAAUGACUGGAGAUGAUGACAAAGAAGUUGUAGCUAAUGCUUGUACUAGCACAGCUGAUAUUGUCAAGGAGUGGGGCUACAUGGCUGUUGAGAAAUAUGUGCCUCAAAUAGUCGAUGCGACAUUAGUAUUGCUUCGCAAGGAAGCACCUUGUCAACAGAUAGAGUCAGACAGUGAAAUUGAUGAUGAUGAAGCUGAACAUGAUGAAGUGCUGAUGGAUGCUGUAUCUGACCUCCUUCCUGCGUUUGCUAAGGCAAUGGGUUCUCAUUAUGCGCCUAUCUUUUCUAAGCUAUUUGAGCCUUUGAUGAAAUUUGCGAAAGCUUCACACCCUCCGCUGGAUCGGACUAUGGUGGUUGCAUGCCUUGCUGAGGUUGCUCAGAACAUGGGUACUCCUAUUGGCAGCUAUGUUGAUCGGAUAAUGCCCCUGGUUCUCAAAGAGCUGAUAUCUUCCGAGGCAACUAACAGGAGAAAUGCUGCUUUCUGUGUGGGUGAAUUGUGUAAAAAUGGAGGUGAACCAACUUUGAAAUACUAUGGAGAUAUAUUGAGGACAAUCUACCCAUUGUUUGGAGAGUCAGAGCCUGAUAAUGCUGUGAGGGACAAUGCAGCCGGUGCAAUAGCCAGGAUGAUAAUGGUGCACCCUGAGUCCAUACCCUUAAAUCAGGUCCUCCCUGUUUUCUUGAAAGUUCUUCCUUUGAAGGAGGAUCAUGAGGAAUCUGUGGCCGUCUAUGGUUGUGUUUGCACUCUGGUCUUGUCAUCAAAUCCUCAGGUCCUUGCUCUGGUGCCUGAUUUGGUUAGACUGUUUGCGGAAGUGGCGGUGUCUCCAGAUGAAACUGCAGAAGUCAAAGCCCAAAUUGGCAGGGCUUUUUCUCACCUGAUUACGCUGUACGGCCAACAAAUACAACCGAUUCUCAGCAACUUGUCACCUCAAUGUGCUAAUGCCCUGGCUGCCUUGUCCACUGCAAGUUAACAUUGCUUGGAAGUACCGGUCACAUUUGAAUUUCUGCUACUGAGAAUUCACAAUCCACAGUGUACAUUAUGCCUGCUUAUUUAAAGCUGGGAACACUUGGGAAUCGUCAAUUUGACUGACGUACACCAGGUCCUUUGAAUACACGGAAUAUUACAUACUUGAUGGUAAAUUUGCAGCCAGAGUUAUUUCUUUCUUUUUCAUUUUCUUAAAUUUUUAGUUCAUGAUUCUUUGGGUUAACUGUUACUAUUUUUGUGGGGGUUGGCUCGUGUAAUUCUUAUUAUUUACGUUGCUUUUAAUAAUUUUGAGUGUUCUCUGUUGUAUCAUUUUCAACGACUUUCUCUGAUGAGAGAGCCGUCAUUCUGAGGUUUUGUUCUCCCAGCCCUCGCAAAUAUUGAGGCGGGGUGAUCCUUGUAAUG